AUGUACGACUUACAAUCAGAUGCUUCUAAUAUUUCCCCAGUGAACGCAUUCAGUGAAGUAUUCAAAUUGAUUCUCACUCGCGGACACAGCUUAAGCGCCGAUUCGAGGGCCCAUGACAAGGUCAUUUCUAGUCUGGAAACCAACAUACAGAAUAACCCCAAUAAUCAAAGUCUUCUUGAUGAACACAUUAAAAAACUUGGCAUUCGGGAGCAACAAACCAUCCAGAUCGAAACCUUGGCACGCGACCUCGCGGAACGCCUGCAGCUUGCUCUUCCGUCAAUCGGAAGACCAUCCGAACCUUCGGAAGAGCGUAUAAAAGUACUCGAGGAACAGCUACAGAAAUUGCAAACAGAUACUAAUAAGGCUCGUAGUGACAUGACUAAGGUUGUCCAAGAUCUGAUCAAUACCAAUAAAAAGCAAGCGGAAGAGAUUACAGAUUUGCGACAUAAGCUUGACGGACUUCCGUCAUCUUCAGCCCUCGUUGGUGGAACAAAAUCUUCAAUGUCCGUUAUCUCACGUGAAGAGUUCGAAGUAACCCAGCAGCAAGUUGUCGAUCUUAGCGAUAAAGUCGCUAACAUACAUAAGGAGUUCAUUCUCGUUCUCUCUGAAGAUAUACCAUCAAAUCUUCAGCAGGCUAUCCGAGCGAUUCAAGACUCUACAGAUACACAUGCACGAAACACUUUGGAAUCUUGCCGUCGUCGUAUAUCCGAACUCUUUGCAGAGUUCAGUGCCGCUCAACACGCUCGCCUAGAUCUCAUCGAACAAAACUACGAUCUUCCUCGCUCUGCUCCGCCGCAAGGCCCCAGUCAGGCAGUGACCGAGCUUCAAGCUAUAGAUGGAGGUCAAUCUCUAGUAAAGAUUCAAAAUCAAGCGCAACUUGCCUCAUCAACUUCGAAGGACCCUCGCCGUCGCCAUCAAUCUGCCAUGUCUCAAAAUCCGACUAAUGCACAACCCGAUAUCUCCUCUGUAUCAACUACAGACCAAUCACAAUGUGCACAACAAUAG